ACAAACCUUCGUGUCCACCAACAAUAAAACUGUUCUUUUUUCUAUCAUUUCUAUCACUUUUUUGUCCCUCAAAUCUGAUAAUUUAGGGAAACUUGUAAGUUUGGUUACAACUUCAUCUCUCAUGUAAUAUCUAAUUCAUUCAUUUAUGACAAAUAAUAUUGCACAGUCUUUAUUACCGUGCUCUCCUUGCUGAGGUUAUAACUGCAUUUUCUGAGGUUCCAGUCGCAGCGAAAUGACCGAGUUUCUCGCUUCACCUGUUCUUUGAAGAAUAACUAGACAAAGGAAUUAAAAGUAUGGAGAAUCUCAAGAAUAAAGUACUUGGACUAAUCAACAAACAGGGCUCGGAGGGGAAAAUUCCCAUCAUUAGUUUUGAUCAAGAUGCGUCUCAAUUUUUUGGUCAAGAUGAAGAUGAGCCGCCUUUACCAAGUGUGUCAACUUACACAGAUGAGAACAGGAAAUGUGACACUGAGAUACUAGAAAGCAUCAAUCCUGAUUAUUUUCAAAAUAACGGCUUUGAUGCUUGUGCGUAUGAACUAGAGAAAUUACCUGAAGUGCUGGAUGUUUACCAACUACAGCAGAACAUUAAAACUCUGAGGCAGCAGCAGAUCGUUGUGUCAAAGAAGGUGUAUCAGCUGAUUCUGGACAAACAUAGAGCAUGCGAGGAAGAAAUUAAAAAAAUUCAAGUUUUACAGCAAGAUUUAAAUGAUGCACUUGGAGUGUGUAGGACCUCUAGGGGCUGUUUGAAAAAUGCCAAAAGACUCUUCACCACGACUAGCCUUGGGAUUCUUGCUAAUUACAGGAAGCGAACUCUUACUCAAGACCUAUUGAAGUCUUUAUUGACCAUCAAGACACUGUUGAGGACUCAAGAAAGACUAGAAGAUCUUCUGAGCCAAGAAGAUUUUGCAGGAGCUAUUGGUCUGUUGAUAAAAUGCCAACAAGUCUCAUCGGCUUAUCAACAUUUCACAUGUGUUGCUGCCCUAGAAGGAAAAUUGAAGGAUACGUUGGUUCUAGUAGAAGAACAGUUGGAUGUAGCUUUGGCGAAGAUGUGCUGCGAUUUUAAACAUGAUGUGUACUCAAAGUUGCAAGCUGCUUACAGUCAGCUAGGAAAAACCCAGAUGGCUAUCAAUCAGUUGCACAUGCAUUUCAUCUCGACAGUUCACUCCGCAGCUUUCAAUGUUGUUCAUGCAAGGGUUGGACAAAAGCAACAGUACUCAACGUUGUGUGAGAGUUUGCCUGAUAAUGAAUUGCUACCUUGUCUUCGUGAAUUGUGUAGAGCCCUGUGGCACAUCGUUCUUAGUUAUCAUAAAGUGGUUGUCUGGCACAGGGAGAACAGUGCUGACCAAAAUCCUGCCAGUGAAGAAGCAGAUCUUGAAAAAAGUUUCCAUGAAGAGUAUGUGAAGCAAAAACUUGAGAAUGGAUUGUCGAGGCUUUGGACUGAUAUCCAAAGCAAAGUAACGCCCUUGAUUUUUGGUGCUGAUCUUGCUAGUUUUAAAUUUGACGAUUUUCUUCAAGUACUAGCAAUAAUUCACAGAUUAGUCAUAGUGGGUGAGGAAUUUUGCGGCAGCGAAUCAAGUGAAUUGAAAAACUCCGUCCGUACUCAAAGCAGUAAUUACUUUAGGAGAUAUCAUGCCAGCCGCUUAGAGGAACUUAAGCUUUUCCUAGAAAAUGAAAUCUGGACGCCUUGCCCUGUGAAAUCAGAUUUCACGUUGCUGCAACUUCAGGAAUUCAAGUCAUUAAGACUUAGUAUCCAAACAGCUGCUGGAAGAGUUCGAGGAAGACAAGCGAGUAGCGGAAACAUUAUGGACAAUAGUUUUACGAGUGGGACAAAUUACUUCACCCACUUCUCUGAAAGUGGUUCCCCGUUCGACAGUGCCUUAGAUACUUCUGUUCUAGAGGAAGACAUUCUAGAUAAUGAGACUGAAGGAUCAUCCAAUUACUACAGCGAUGAUAGUGAGGAUGAGUCCACACAUACUAAUACCAAAAAGACUCACAACCACAUCAGGAACCAUUCGAGUCCUCUAAUAACUAACACAACUCUAACGGUUUUACGACUGUGUGGACGAUACCUUCAGAUGAGUCGCCUUCUGCAAUCAGUGGCGCCAGAUGCCAUCCACUGUUUAGGACAACUGUUUGAAUACUAUCUGUACGCAGUGUUUUCAUUCUUUACAGCUGACCCACCAACAGGAUCAGUAGAAAAUGUCACGUCUGUAAAACUGCAAGCUGUCAUCAAAAGGAUUCAGGAAAAUUUUCUCCAGAGUGAUGCAAGUGGUAAUGGAACGCAGGUAAACAAACCGGUCAUUUCACCAGUCGUUGAUCUACAGAAUGCUGAAACUCUGUAUGGCCUGAAUGAAAGAGUAGUCGCAGUAGAAUCAUUAGUGUUUUUAGCCGAGCAGUAUGAUGCGCUACGGCCAUAUUUGGAACAGCUGAUACCUGCUGAGGAUCCAACCGUUCAUGUCUUAAAUCAAUUAUAUUCUCAGACUGUAGCAUCAGCUGUUGAUGUGCGUAGACCAGUAUAUUCAUGUGUAGCUUGGAGAGCUGUCGAUACACAACAUAUUUUGAGCUUGAUGUCAAAAACUAAUUGGGAAAUAAAAGACGUUAUGAGUCAACAUAGUCCCUAUGUUGAUGUCCUUGUUAGGGAAUUUCAAAUAUUUGCAAUGAAGCUAGAUGCUCUCAAUACUCACCUUAACAUUCCUCAGGCAGUGCACAAUGUGAUCUGGGAGUGCAUCUCUUUCAUUAUCGCCAGCAUCUUGGUCGAAGGAUUCUCAAGUUCCAAAAGAUGCUCCAAUGGUGGUAGAGCCUUGAUGCAGCUUGAUCUGACACAGUUGGUCUCAAAACUGGAAGCUAUGUCUUCGCUAAAACCUGUCCCUCAUAAAGAAUUUGUCGAAACGUAUGUGAAGGCCUAUUAUUUAUCAGAACCAACUUUAGAAACAUGGGUCAAGGACCAUACUGAAUACUCACCAAAGCAGCUCAUAGCUCUUGUCAGUUGUGUAUGUGCUGGCAACAAGAAGAACAAGCAGCGUCUCAUAAAUUGUAUCGAGGAAAUGGAUAGAUGAUAUAUGCUCCCCUUUUUGCAGUUUGAUUCAGAUGAACCAAAACCAAGUUAAGAGCGGUAGAGUUUCCGCUAAAGAGUUUCUGUCGAGUGAA